AUGGAUGCUGUCUGUUUACGGCUACUCGUUAUACUCGUCGCGAUUUUUCCUCUAACUAUAACCGAUGACGCUUGCAAAUUUUUAAAUGAUGACUACUGCUUUCGAUUUGGACAGAUGCCAUGUUAUCAAAAAAUCUGUGAAUGUGAACAGAAAAAUUGCACGGAUGUCACGGAAUGUGUAUUAUCACCAUGGUGUGAUCCUUCCGGGAAAGUUUUGUUAACAAAUGAGCGCUGUUGGCUGGCUGUGAGGUCAGCUGUCAGCCACUUCUUCAACCAACUAUCCGUACUCUAUUCAGUGUCGCAAAUGCCUUCCUCAAGUCAUAUCCCACGAAUUCGUUCCAUUAUUCGAUUUCGUCUUCCCAAAUAUUUCGAUCCGGAGCGAUACAUAUGGAAUCGUUUCUCUUCAGCUGACGCGAUUCUUGUGGAUAUUAGUAAACGUGACGAUUACGACAGUAACAACAACGAUUGGCGUCGUACACGAUUGUAUUACGUUCUGGAUAAGGCCCCGUAUAGGCCGAGAAUCUACAUGGAGGCUACGAAUUAUCGAAAAUAUCCGAAUAUUUGGCAGAAGGACAUGUCUGUUUGUAUGCAUCCGUACAUGAACGGCUUUAUAAUGAAUCUAAAGGAUGGAGAUGUGCUUCGAGAAGUUGACCAGCUAAUCAAAUGUGGUCAUCGAGUUGAGGAACACUAUAAGAAACUCACACAAAUGCCAUCGCCGACAUUCAGAAACACUUCCAUGCUUGUGGAUGUUGAUAAACAGUCGAUACCGUAUGCGAUUUUUAAGUAUCAUAAUUUUGGCGCGAGACGUGAAGGUGGUUGGAAUCAUUUGAAGGAUUUAGCGAGUAAGGCUCAAGCGGCAAAUGUUCAAGCGUUGGGAUGGAGAAGUCGUCCGAUUCGACGACUCAAUGAGUUGGAAAGAGAGAUGUAUACGCUGAAAGAGCUCGGAUUUGUUGGCGUUCUUCUACACGAUUCGGAUCAAAUCGAACUUGCAAACAAAACUUUCUCACCAAUCAACCACGAUUGCAACUCGCUUAGAAAAAACUGCUUAAACCGUGAAAAAAAUAAUGGCUACUGCUUUAUUUACCGUGGAGGUUGUCCUAAAAAUGAGGAUGUUGAGUCGAAAUUGGAAAAAAGUACUAGUGAAAAACUUCUCAGAAGGUGUCAACGAUGGAAACGAAAAUGCGAGCAGAAAUAUCCUAAGCACUAUGCAUGUAAGCAGCUUAGAAGAAAAUGUAGUGCAUUGAAUAUUACCGUAACAGCCGGGACGAACAACGAUUCAUUAUCGUCUGAAGAGGAUAGAAAUGAGCAGCUACCUAAGCAGAAAUUGGAAAAAAUGUGCACGAAAUGGGAACGUAAGUGCGCCGAGAAAUGGCCCAAUCACUACUCAUGCCGAAUGCUGAAGAAAAAAUGUAGCUUUCAAAAUCCAAUCAUUCAACCAAUAACCGGACUCAGAGCAGGAAACACGACGAAUUCUGCAGAAUCCGUGAACGUCAACGAUCGCGGAAAGAUCUUGGAACAAUGUCAGAAAUGGAAAAAGACGUGUGCACAGAAAUAUCCCGAGCACUUUUCAUGCCGACAAUAUCGGCGAAGGUGCAAAUUCGUGGAUGCACAAUCCAGAGAAAUACGAACAAACAGUACCGUAAUUGUCUCAUCCUUGUUUCAUACUGUUGAUAUUAAUCCUAAUAACUCUACUGUAAGAGGUAAACAUCAAAGCGACGAAGAUAGUGAUGAAACCUCUGAUUUGUUAAAUGAAUCUUGA